AUGAGGGAGGGAAACUGCACCACUGUGACAGAGUUCAUUCUUCUUGGAUUAUCAGAUGUCCCCGAGUUGAGACUCUUUCUCUCCCUGCUGUUCCUUGUCAUCUAUGGAGUCACGGUUCUGGGCAACCUGGGCAUGAUCGCACUGAUUCAGGUCAGCUCUUGGCUCCACACUCCCAUGUACUUUUUCCUGAGCCACCUGUCCUUUGUGGAUUUUUGCUACUCUACGAUCAUUGUGCCAAAGAUGCUGUUCAACAUGUUAAACAAAGAUAAAACCAUCUCCUUCCUGGGAUGCAUGGUGCAGUUUUAUUUAUUCUGUGCCUAUGGAAUCAGUGAGUUCUUCCUGCUGGCGGUGAUGGCCUACGACCGCUUUGUGGCCAUCUGCAACCCGCUGCUCUACACGGUCAGCAUGUCCCGGGGUCUCUGCGUGGAGCUGGUGUCCUGCUGCUACCUCGGUGGCACUGUGUGCUCUCUGAUUCACUUGUGCUUAGCUCUUGAGAUCCCAUCGUACAGAUCCAAUGUGAUUAACCACUUCUUUUGUGACCUACCCCCGAUCUUUAACCUCGCCUGCUCUGACGUCUCUAUAAAUGAGCUCAUGGUGCUCAUUGUGGUCACUUUCAUUGAGGUCACCACCAUGGUGACNGUGGUGAUCAUCCUGACCUCCUACGUGUUUAUCCUUGUCACCAUCCUGAGGAUGCGCUCUGCGGAGGGGAGGCACAAAGCCUUCGCCACCUGUGCCUCCCACCUCACAGCCAUCGCCGUCUUCCACGGGACCAUCCUUUUGACGUAUUGCCUGCCCAGUUCCGCCAACGGCGUGGAUACAGACAAGGUGGCCACAGUGUUCUACACAGUGGUGAUCCCCAUGCUGAACCCCCUGAUCUAUAGUGUGAGGAACAGGGACGUGAAAGAUGCUUUCCGAAAAGUGGUGAGCUCCAGAAUGUUUUCUUAG